CGACAUCGGGCGCCAACCAGAUCGCAUAAAACGAACGAACUGACUUGGGACGGCAUCAUUUUGCUCGCUCCAUCUGCAGCAGAAUAAUAAUAAUUAUUGGAAUUCCACCAACCAAAUCGGGUUGUUCGGCACCUUCACUGCACGUCGCUACUCAGUCUCAGCAACCACGACCACGAUGGCCAGCAUGAGACAAGGACAAUUUCCGGAUCUUGCGGAGGGUUCGCCGGGAAAUUGGAGCUCGAAGUCCAACUCACCGAGAUCAUCGUACGGAAUUCCUUCGGCCUGUAGCGUCUACUCGGGCUCGGAUCAGGGCAGAUCGUGCCCGUCGUCCCCUGAGAAGAGACCGGACAGUUCGCCAGAACCAGCAGGCGUGGUGUGCACCAACUGUUCGCACAGCUUGGUAAACUCUGUCUCAGCCGCCGGCAAAGCAUCCCCGCCCGUUCACAAGGCAACUGCCGCAACACCACCAGCGGGCACAGCCAAAGAUGAGGAGGAGGAAGAAGAGCCAAAGAAGCUGAAACGGCCAAUGAGCGCCUUCCUGAUCUGGGCCCGAACUGAGCGCCGUCGUCUCCACAACAUCGUCCCACAGAAAAUGCCGAACAGCGAAAUCAGCAAGCUGCUCGGUCAGAAAUGGCGCAUCAUGCCCGAGGCACUGAAGGCUCCGUACCACGAGCAGGCCGCCAAAGCUUGCGACGAAUAUCGCGAAGCCAAUCCGAAACGCCGACGCCGACAGCCUCGCGCCCAAGGUGCCGUGCCACUCAAGGCCACGACGAAGAGCAGCAUCACGGAGGAUACAAUGGUCAGGCUGAUGCAGUUUGACGAGGCGCCAAAAGAGACUGCAUCAAUUGCGCCUGCGCCCAAUGGCACACUGCCUCUUGCCGCUGUUUCAACGCAGGACUCGAUGGCUUGCUCCUCUCACUAUGACUACAGCCCAACAUCCACUUGUACGGGCCUGUCGUUGUACAGCAGCACAUCACGCACGUAUUGCCGAUCUACUUCUUCAGAUGAUUCGCUGCACGACCAUCUGCUGCAGCUAGAGGUGGAUGCUGCCGACGUUGCGAGAAUGCAGCUGCCCAUGGAAGCGGCCUGGUCCCCGCAGCUGACGGCACAGUUCCCGUACAUGGCGGACAUUGCGGCCUACAAUACCGCGCUGCAGGUCUCCACGGCGCCACCGACGCCCAGCAUAUCCGGAGCGUUUUCCUCCACUGCCCCGCCAGCCAUGGCGAGUAGUUCGGCGGCCUUCCUACCUGGCAUGAUCCAGCGCAUGUUGCCCGCGACACCACUAAGCGCCGGCCCGAACCACCCGGUCUUUCUCGCCGACGAACCGCCCGUGCAUGCUAACUCGCACCUAUCCGGCUCCCCAGUCGACCCGUCGUCAUGUGUGCACGUACAUGUCCACGUUCCGGAUGUGGUGUCUUCGGCACAGCUGAUGCCACCGCAGAACGUGGCAAUCGCGUCAUCGACACGGGAAGGCUCGGCUAUGUCCAGGCCCGGCAAGGCGCAGCAGUCGACAGCGCCAUCCUCACAACAUCCAAUGAAGCCUGUGAAUAGCAUGCCGCCUGCAGUGUCCCCACCCGUAAGUCUCUCAGCUGGAAACAUAUCGUCGCAUGGACUGCAACAGAAUGGCUCCAUGCCUGUCGGUGCACUUCUACAGCAAAACGGUACAUACGCUCCCAGCCUCCAGUUCCCGAGCUGGUUUGGUGAUCUGCUUUAGGCUGUGCUAGUAGUUCCCUAUCGAUGCCUCUACGCUCGGAAUCGGAAACCUCUUGUAACUAUUUAUAAACAUCUCAAACGUGUUCAUCAUGCUUCACUGUUUAUUGAUUCAAGCUCUCCUAGCAUGUGGUAAGGACAAUUUCGAACCUUAACACCGACAGUAGCACCUGAAGCAGGCUUUGGUAGCAUGCAUCCAAUGCUAAAUUACUUGCGCAUUAUGCCGCCAGGACCUCAGCAUCAUAGCAAGUGCGUGUGCUGGAACUUGGAGCCUUGUAAAUUUCUUAUUGGUUGUAUCUAAGCCAACCAGAAACAAUUUAUAAUUCUAAGCUUGACCGUGCCAACCAAUUGUUGUUCUUUGCUAAUUUAACAUGCUUUAUUGAAGCACUAGCCUGCGUGAUGACCUGUUUUGCUGGGUUGAGAUUUGUCCAAGGUUUUCAUUACUUUCUU